GUCAUCAUGGCGCUCACUUCCACGGUCCAAGAGCAUCCGUACAGCCAUUUGAUUGACACAGUGAAAGAUGGAGGUCUCAAAUUCUUCAAUCUGCAGAAGCUCAAUGAUCCAAGAUACGAAAAGCUGCCUUUGUCCAUCCGUGUCUUACUGGAGGCGGCCAUUCGUAAGUGUGAUGGAUUUUACGUGAAAAAGGAGGAUGUCCAGAACAUUCUGGACUGGCAGCAGCAGCAGAACCAGGCCGAGGUACCGUUCCCACCAGCACGGGUCCUCCUACAAGACUUUACCGGGAUUCCUGCCAUGGUGGACCUGGCGUCCAUGAGAGAUGCGGUGGCCAAACACGGUGUCGACCCCUCCUUGGUCAACCCUGUAUGUCCCACGGACCUCAUAGUCGACCACUCUCUACAGAUAGACUUCAGUAAAUGUGCCAUACAGAACGCUCCAAACCCAGGUGGAGGGGACACUCGGAGCCAGACCCAGGGACCUCUCAGACCUUUGCCCCGCAGAGGCUCGCAGUGUGGGGGUCAGCGGAACUCCUGUAGAAAAACCAGCUGUAGUGAUCCCCCCACCCCCUCUGGGCGACCUUCGACCUCUGUCCAGCAGAUCGAGAACACACCCCUCCUCUGCCCCUUCCACCUGCAGCCGGUCUCUGAACCCGAAACAGCCCUGAAGAACCAGGAACUGGAACUUAUCCGGAACAAAGAAAGGCUCCAGUUCUUUAAGUGGUGCUCUAAGGCGUUUAAAAAGGUAAACGUGGUUCCACCGGACGUGGGCACGUACCACCAAGUGAACCUGGAGUACCUGUCCAGAGUCAUCCAGGUGGAUGCAGGUUUCAUCUUCCCCGACAGCGUCAUCGGAACCGAUUCCCACACCACCAUGAUCAACGGCCUUGGCAUCUUAGGCUGGGGUGUUGGUGGGAUUGAGUCGGAAGCGGUGAUGCUGGGCCAGCCCGUGUACCUUCCCCUCCCCCAGGUGGUGGGCUGUAAGCUGGUGGGCUCCAUCAACCCACUCACCACCUCCAUAGACAUCGUCCUGGCCAUCACUAAGCACUUGCGGCAAGCUGGGAUUGCUGGGAAGUUUGUGGAGUUCUUUGGGCCUGGUGUGUCCCAGCUGUCAGUCUCGGAUCGUACCACCAUCGCCAACAUGUGUCCUGAGUACAGCGCCACUGUCAGCUUCUUCCCCAUCGACCACGUCACACUCACGCACUUUAAAAAGACGAACUACAGCCAGGAGAAACUCGAAUUACUGGAGUUUUACUUGAAGGCUGUGAAACUGUUCCGGAGCUACGAGGACCCGUCACAAGAUCCCCAUUAUUCUGAGGUGAUCGAGAUCAACCUCAGCUCCAUCGUGCCCUACGUGAGCGGACCAAAGCGAGCCCAGGACAGAGUGUCUGUCGGCAGCAUGAAGGAGGACUUCCAGAGCUGUCUGGAUGAGAAGGUGGGCUUCAAAGGCUUUCAUAUUGCCAAGGCAAAACAGGAGACCCGGGUUCCUUUCCUCCACGGUGGACAGGAGUACCAGCUGGCUCACGGCUCCGUGGUCAUCGCAGCCGUUAUAAGCUGCACCAAUAACUGCAACCCAUCUGUCAUGCUGACCGCAGGUCUACUGGCCAAGAAGGCGGUGGAGGUGGGGCUUGUUGUGAAGCCUUACAUCCAGACUAGUCUGGCUCCUGGGAGUGGAAUGGUCACCCAGUACCUGAAUACGAGUGGAGUACUGCCCUACCUCAUCCAGCUUGGGUUUGAUGUGAUUGGUUAUGGAUGUGCCACCUGCGUAGGAAACACAGCCCCACUACCUGACACUGUUGUCCAGGCUAUCAAACAGGGGGACCUGGUGGCCUGUGGAGUGUUAUCUGGGAACAGGCAUUUUGAAGGACGCAUUUGUGACUGUGUACGUGCCAACUACCUAGCCUCUCCUCCCCUAGUGGUGGCAUAUGCUAUUGCAGGCACUGUGGGCAUCGACUUUGAGAAGGAGCCUUUGGGUGUAACUUCAGAGGGGAAGGAGGUGUACCUGAGGGAGGUGUGGCCGUCCAGGGAGGAGGUGCAGCAGACUGAGGAGGACGUCAUCAUAUCCUCCAUUUUCAGUGAGCUGAGAGGGAGGAUGGAGAAAGGGAACACAUUUUGGAACAACCUUGAAUGUCCGGAUUCUGUGCUUUUCCCCUGGGAUCACAAGUCCACCUACAUCUGCUCUCCAUCCUUCUUCCAUAAACUGACUAAAGAGGUCUCAGCUCCACAGUCCAUAGAUGGCGCUCAUGCCCUGCUGUUCCUGGGAGACAAGGUGACCACGGACCACAUCUCACCUGCAGGAAGCAUCGCCAGGGUCAGCGCCGCUGCCAAGCACCUGCUGAGCAAACGCCUGACACCGCGAGAGUUUAACUCGUAUGGUGCUCGCCGUGGAAACGACGCAGUGAUGACCAGAGGUACAUUCGCCAGCAUCAAGCUUCAGAACCGCUUCAUCGGCAAAGCAGGGCCGAAGACUUUACACAUUCCGUCAGGCCAAACGCUGGAUGUAUUCGAGGCAGCGGAGAGGUACCAGAGGGACAGUGUUCCUCUCAUCAUCCUGGCAGGGAAAGACUACGGCUCAGGAAACUCCAGGGACUGGGUGGCCAAAGGACCGUUCCUACUGGGUGUGCGUGCAGUCAUUGCUGAGAGCUUUGAGAAGCUCCACAGGAGUCAGCUGGUGGGGAUGGGCAUCAUACCCCUCCAGUUCCAGCCAGGUCAGACGGCAGACUCACUGGAGCUCAGCGGGAAGGAGAGGUUCACCAUUGCCCUGCCGGGGGACCUGAGUCCUCGACAGCAGCUCACUGUCAAGACCAGUCAAGGGAAGUCCUUCAGCGUCACGGCUCUGUUUGAAAGCGAGAUGGACGUCACCUUUUACCGACACGGAGGCCUCCUCAGAUAUGUGGCCAGGAUGACGCUUUAACCCCACCCCCACCCCGCAGUGCCCGCCCACAGGAUGUGUAUGGGAUGAAGGAAGAGCGUCAGAUCAGUCAAUUCAGCAGACAUGUUCCUCAGCAUGGAGUCUCCGAGGCCGUUUGGCAGGGGCCAGAGGAAGGCUGAAGGAGGUGCAUUCUGAUGUCCUGACUCUUCCUCCUCCUGCUGACAAACAGGGGUUCAAUUUGAAGACUUGCGCCGCUGUUGCUUCUCCAUCUCCUUUUCCUUCAUUCAGCAGCAGCAUUGACAGGACAGCUGGGAUAUCCCGACUCGAACCAGAGACUGAAGACUUUGUGCAUCAGCGUUUGUAAGGUCUUUUCUGAGUCCUCCAUCGUAAGGGAAGACGUUUCCAAUAAAAAGUGUGGACAGCUCAUUUGUAACGCCAUGAAGAAGAGGGGGGUUCAGCCAACAAGCAGCCAACCAACCCCAUCUUUUAAGCCUGCAUUUCAAACAGUAGAAGACUGAAAUUAAAUAAAAAUCCUGCCUUGAAAGGCAGACAUGGUGCUCGGUCGAUGUGUAAAUACGAUGGAGUAGCUAGGUUGUCGUUCUCUGUCGGUUUGCUCGGCAAGUUUUCCACAAAUUUCACACAAAGGUGGACGGAAUGUGACAGGAUUAAUUUCUGAAUUUGUUUCCACGAUGGAAAACCAAGACGUAAUGUGUGAAAAAUGAUCUUACUGACAGAAUGAACAGGCACCUUGCUGUCUCUCACAUACACAUACACACACAGACACACACAUACACCCCCCCCAACACACACACACACACACACACACGCAAAGUUUCAAGGAAAAGCAUUCUUUUUGGGGCUUUGUGCUUGGAUCUCUUGUCUGUCAGGUGCAUGAAGACGUUUCCUUCAACAGAUGACGUGAUGAAAUAUUUUUUAAACUUUGGUUGCUGAUGGUGACUUGUCAUUUUAAGUUGCUCUGACUAAAGACACCUGGUUUCAUCUUGCCAUCAAUGUGUAUUUAUUUAAAACUUCAGUGUUCGAGCAUGGAUGUCUGUAAUGAGAAGAGGAACAUAUACAUCUAAAAAAAUAAAUAUCAAUCCAAAAGAAA